AGACUUUUUUAUAGAUAAAGAUCUCGGAACAGAUAAAGAGGAAUAUCUAAGAAUACACGAAAACCAAGGAGUAGUAAGACGAAGUUCUAGGCAAAGACGAUACACUAACAUCUAGGAAUAGACGAUAGAUAAAGUUCUAGGAAUAGACAAUACACGAAGAUCUAGGGAUAGACGAUACACGAAGAUCUAGGGAUAGACGAUACACGAACAUCUAGGAAUAGACGAUAGAUAAAGUUCUAGGAAUAGACAAUACACGAAGAUCUAGGGAUAGACGAUACACGAACAUCAAAGAAAAGACGGUACACAAAGUUCUAAGAAUAGAAGAUAUAAUAAGUUUUAGGAAUAGACAACAGACGAAGUUCUAUAAAUAGAUGAUAAAAGUUAUAAGCAGUUUUAGGAAUAGACGAUAAACGAAGAUCAAGAAACAGAUGAUAGACGAAGAUCAAGGAAUGCACGAUAGACGAAGUUCAUAGAAUAGACGAAGAUCAAGAAUUAAACGAUAGACGAAUAUCUAGGAAUAAACGAUAGACGAAGAUCAAGGAACACACGAUAGACGAAGGUCAAGGAAUAGACGAUAGGCGAAUUUCUAAGAAUAAACGAUAUAAGGAGAUCAGGGGUUAGACGAUAGACGAAGAUCUAGGAACAAAGGUUAAGUAGCAUCUGAUGAGAGCACCGACAGUCCUGUGAACAACUCGGACUGAUUUCAACCACCUGAGAAUGAAAAUACAAUACGAGACUAAAAGGAGAAAAGUUUUAUCAAAAAGAAGAAACGCAAAGUAUACAGUAUCAAGACAGGCGUUUUUAGUAUCUGCGACCGUACCAAGUCGAAUAUGUCUAUGACACUUGAGCGUACCAAGUCAGGAGACAUGCCCUGUCAUUGCGAACAUCCUAAGACAGAAGUGUCCAGUACCUUUGAUUGUGUUUUUCCAUCUGCUUCACUGUUGAUGAAUGGACGGCCCAUGGCAUCCAAAAAGACGUUUCUUCUCAUCGUUCCGAUAUUGUUCGCACUAAGCCCAGUGGCUGCAUCUCCAAUCCAGCAAAACCACGAAACGCCUGGCUUAUAUGAAUAUAAACUGCUGCAUACAUCAACCUGUAACUACGCAGACUUUAUUAGAUCCGGAACAUGCGAACGCAAUGAAGCAAUGAUGGAUAUUUACAUUCGUUACUGCGGGUUUGCCGAUAUUUGUGAUUCCGGAUUCAAGCCUGUUUGUGUAUACGCUGAUGAUGGUGAAAUGCUUCAUAUUUGCUCCCCACAGGGCCUAGUGUGCCCAAAAGGGUAUUGGAGAAGGGUCUCCCGUAAAGCUACAGAUUCCAGUGUGGCUAUAGUGCAGGAAGAAAAAUGCCCAAAGGGAAGAUAUCAGCUAUACAAAUCGAACUGUUACGAUGCAUGCAGAGCCAGACAUGAAGACAUCAAAGACUUGCCAGUACAAUAUGCGAUAUAUACCGAGGGAGACAAUAAAUCUCCACCGAUGAUAUAUUGUGACUUCGAAAAGGGGUUUUACAGCCUGGAUGGCAAGUUUCUACAGAAGUAUGAUGCAGAAACCAGUUACCAACGCUUCGACUGCACGAGCGUCACCGAUUACAACCCAUGUUCUAGGACUGUUCCCAAUUCCGAAUGGGACAUGUGUGUUUCCGUGCGAAGAAGGUUCCCAGCGUGACGUCCAUGAUGAUUUUCAGUGUAAAGAACUAAGAUGGGUAGAAACUGAUUCCAGUUUAGAGGAAAUGAAACCGAAAGACAAUGAUUUGAGUCAGAAAGCAGAGGAAGCAGCCGAAAUAAACAAACUUAACAAGACUUCGCAGAAGCCGCGGAAUGAAACCAAAACAGAGGACAGUCGUACUUCGAAUGAUUCGCACGUCACUAUAGUAAUAGUCUUUGCAUCUGCUGCUUUACUACUUGCCAUCGUUGGACUGGUCUCUGUACUUCUAAAACACUAAAACAGCAUAAUCAUGAUUUAUUGUAGCCGGUACAGAAGGAGAACCUUCUACUUCCUAAAGAAUUCCAUAGUUUGAAGCAUUCCACUUUGGCUGAUAAUGAACAAUGACAGAUUGCAGACAAUUUGUACAGACAAUAAAUAGUAAAGUUUAUAUAAAAAAUACCAUCAUGUCAAGUUCCUUCAGACUUUAUCCACUGGUCAAGAUGUACAUUAAGUUUUGAAAUAUUAUGCAUUACUGAAUUUGGGUAAGAUAGUAUCAAAUCAGUUUAAACUUUAAACAUAUAUUUUGAGCGUUUAAAAUAAUAUCUGACAUCUAGAUAAGAGGCAAAGUUCUCCAAAACAUCUUGGUUUAUUUAAUCUGUCUAGUUUUGAAAUGUCGGUUUAUGUUAGUUAAAAAUGCUGUUCUGUCGUAGACACUACACAGGUUGUGUCUUCUUAUGUCUGUUUUGUGUCCAAAUGUUUUAAAGAUAUGUAAAUUCUCUAUGUUAAAACAUUUAUGAUUUUGAUCAUAACUCGAGAUGGCUUUUCAAUAAGGUAUUUUCCAGAAGACAUGACAAUAUUUUUUACCAAAUCAUUUUAACAUUUUAAAGUUUACAUAAUGCAUAGUAACAUAUAAAAAUCUUAUCAGUUUGUUUUCACUGACUACACCUUGUACCUCUAACUAUUUAUGUGAAGGUAAAUAGAGAAGAUAAGCCUCUUGUUGCCAAUUUCUCUGAUUUUACACAUCAUACAGUUUAGCAAAUUAUGAACUUUGUUAGAAAAAAGCAAUGCUUACAAUUGUCGGAGUUAUCAUCAUGUAUUUGGUUGAUGACAGUCACACCAAAACCUUUUUGGAGCCUUACUGUGUUAAAGUUAAAGAAAAGAUACAAUGCACCAACACUUUUUUUGAUAUAUGUGACUUUGUAUAUUUUUAUGUUUGAUUAAAAUGAAGGACAGUUACGAAAACUACCUAGAUAAUGUUGUUUAUAUUCAAAGUACUUAUUAUAGGCGUGUCCAUCAUUUUAUGGUCUGACUUACUUUUUUAUUGUUACUUACUAGUUAAUAAGUCAAUAGGAUCUUCAAAUUAUUCGAUCUCGAUCUCAAUCUCGAUCUUGAUAUAGCCAGUUUAUUCAUAAUUUAAAGAUUUAGAUUUUUCUUCAUGGUUAUGUGUAAUGGACCAUACAAUAAAACUUAAACCUCAUCAUGCCGGACACGAUUGAUCCUGCUUUUCCGACCGGCGUACAUCUUGAUCAGCCUGUACAUUCGCGCAGUCUGAUCAAAAUCUGCACUGUUCGCCAUUUAGUCAGUAUAUAUUUGGCAAAGACCUUUGGUACUGUCCAAAUUGAAAGAUGGACAAGUUCAUUAUAGAAAUUUAGCAGGGUAAGGGUUAAUAAAACAUGAAGUAACCAUUUUGGAACAUUUGAUUGAUGUCGAUAUUUAAGGAUGUACGAGCGAAUUUUUUCCUACGUUAAGAAUUUUUUUAUACUCUGAGAGCUUGAAGAACAUUAGUUUCUAAGACAAACAAGAGCAGUAAAAACAUAGGUCACCGAACUCGUUUUAAUUUUAUAGGGCAUUUUCUUCACCCACUGCUUAAGCAUUUCUGAAAUUUUGUAAAAUUAGAAAAAUGGUGGUACUAUAUAAAACAUAUAAUAUCCUACUUAAUCUUAUAGGGAUUUCAGGUCUUACAGGUUAAUAUGAAUAUAUGGUGAUGUCGGUAUUAUAUAAGCAUAAAUGUCACUAACAAGUCUCUUUAAUUUUUACAUGUUAACAUAAUUACCCCACCCACAUUAUUUUCAAUGGAAAAAACGUAUUUAGAUCGACAAAAAAAAUUCUGACGUUAAGAUUUUCAAAAUAUUUUGCAGCAUUAAAGACACACAAAAAUGCUUCAAAAUGGAAAGAAAAAAGUUGGAGUCACCGUGCAUCUAAGAGAUUUAUUAAGAAAAAACUGCUAAAAAGUGGUGAAUUUUGAUAUUUUUUGUCCUUUUUGUUUUAAUCUAUAUUUUCUAGAUAAUAUAAAGUGCUAUCUUGAAAACAUUUAUUUCAUUAAUAGCUUAACAUUAUAUGUAUCAGUCAGAAAAAUAUCAAAACCAAACCUGAUCUACUUUGAUAGAUAUUUGAAAUUACCUACCCCUACCCCAUUGUAAAUCUUACCUUAAUUUUAGGCAAAUGCCAGCAAUAUUCGAAGAAACAUUUUUGAAAAUGGCGGAUAUCCCGAAAAAAACGCUUUUACAUCCUUAAGUAUACCGUAUGUCGAAAACUCUUCAAGCAAUAGUGAUCUAAAUAUUAAACUUUCAUUUAGAGUAAUAUUUUUCUGUUUGUUGUCUAAUAUACCAUGAUAUACGUCGCCGUCUUUGUAAAGAUAUUGUAAUACAAUGUAUAUGAAAUAAUUAUUUGGACUCGCGCCUGCGUACUUCUUUAAAAUGAAUGACAUGUUUUCAUAUUUUUGGUAGAAUAUUAAUUAUUGACUACACUUUUGUAUAUUUUAGUCUUUUGAAUGAGUGAUCUGUUUGUGUUUGCAUUUAAUUAACCAUAUCACAUCAUGCUUAAGCAGUUUCUCAAUUGUUUUGAAAUUCUAGAUAUUUGUUGUAUUUUUAUAAUACGCAAUCUCUAACAUUGUUAAUAUAAAUAAUCUUGCAAUAUUCUUGGUUUUAACAUUUUAUUAACCAAAAGGAUUUUGCUUGUUGAUAAAUUUCUGUAAAAUAAACUUAACCUCAGUGUAUAUUCUAUACAGGAA